GGAUUUAAGUAUAAAAUUUAGUGAAGCAUUUAUUUUUAAACUAGUUCUUGAAGUCUGCCAUCAGCACUCAUGAGUGACAUGGAAAUAAAACGGCGAAGGAGCCCUAGAACAAAUAAAGAAGCUCCUCCUUUAUCUGUUUCAACAGCAAGUACUGACAGUUAUGGGAAAAGGACUCCUGGAAAAAAGCGCAGCAUUUCGUCUCCUCCUUCCAGGACAAAAUAUGCAAACUGUGAGAGUGAGUCACAGUCAAGCAAUGAUGAUGAAGAAGGACGCAGUAAUCUUUCAUCCAACUUGGAAUCCACAUCAGCUGAAAAUGAGGUUCUGCUGAUACACACGGAGGAGACUUUUCUUUAUGCCAAAAAGCCUAAAGAGCAGCAGUACUCCCCAGUUGAACCCAAGAAACCAGUCCGCAAGAUUAAACCUAAGGAAAUUUCUGAUCUAUCUUUAACACCCAAGGUGUCAACAAUGAUUGGGCUUGUUGGCAUUCUCAUUGCAAUCCCUCUGUUAUUGCUUUUUGCUCAUUUAUUCUCCAAUGGCAAAAUGAACCACCCUUCUGAUUUGAAAACUCUUGGGGACAUUGAAGAUGAUAUUAUUCGCGACUUGGAAAAACUGCGUUCUGAAACAAAGCAAGAGAUGAAAUUUUGGCGCGAGAUGUACGCUGGUUUGUCCACCCUCACGGAGCAAGCUCCUCGCCAGCCUGUGGUGGUGCUGAUGGCCGUACCUCUUGACGGCUCUAGGACGGCCGUCUGCAUCGCCCAUCAUCUAGCAGACAUCGUUAAUAAAGCCUUUGAAGAUGAUGCUGUGGUAAAACAUGAUACUCAGAGUCACCUGCACAUGCCAUGGGACGAACACAAAUAUGUGCUGGACAACCGCCUUCAAAACCUCUCUCGCUCUCACUCCGCCCUCAUCUACAACCUCGAGAAGAUGCCCCCCAAGACGGCAACUCUACUCCAUGGUUACUUUGACAAUGAUAACGCGCCUCACAAAAGGGCCCUGAUGCUGGUGCUGCUGGAGCUAGAGCUGCAUUACGCAUCAGUGGCAGAGUCGCAUCUGGAUUUGACGGUCGAGCGACGACUACAUGAGUUGUGGCGCCAGGACUUGGAGCCUGACAGCAUUCCUGGCCUCAUCUCGCGCGUCGCAGUCCAGCCUGUCCUUGUCAAGCCCGAGUCAAAGCUGGUCUUGGACCGAUUAUGUCCGCUUUGAAGUGCAUUCCUCCCAAGGAAGAGGGAAAACGUCUUUGUGAAAACUCGCCACUAUAUUGGCUGGAAAAUUGAAGAGGUGUUGUUCCUUUGGAGAUGAAAUUUUUCAGAAAAGGUUCUGAAAAAAGUUGAGAUCAGGCAAGAACUGUUGUGGGCUAAAGGAAUCCUUUGCCAGCUAGAAAAGUAAAAAUUUGUUCGAAUUAUAAUGUAGACGAGAUCAUUUAGAUUUAUUUAUUCUUACGUCCUUUUUUUCUAGUAAUAACGCAUCUAGUCAGGGAAAUUCACGUGUGGUCCACCGAAGCCCAUUUAACAGUAUUAUUCAUUGAACUACGAAGCAUGAUCCCUUUGCACAUCCAGUAGUUUAUAUUGUAAUUUUUUUUAACCUAAAAACACGGGCGCGUAGAUACUCAAUGCAAUCGCAUUUUCAAUUAUUUGCAAUGGUCUUCGAACUUGUAAUCAAUCGAAUUCUCCUGGUUUGUCAUUAGACCCUAAGUCGUUGCAAUGAAUCAUUAGUACCUACCGACCAUGCUGUCUUUGCCUGUGUUAAUCUACUAUCUUUCAUCACUCGAGACCUCGUCAUAGCAAAUGAAUGUUAACAUUUUUAAGGCUGAACUCUCGUGCUUUAAGCGGGCUGCGGCGUCAAACUGACUGCCGAGUCGAAUUUCAGUGUUGGAAUUACGUUGUGUCUCGUUGCCAGGCCGUUAUAUACAACCGUAAUGAGAUAUGUUCAAAAGAGGUUGAUUAAAAGCUAAAUUGAGUGCUCGCAGCUCGACGUAUUUACGUGCAUAUGCAUGUUUGCCUUCAAUAAUCAUGUCUCACGGAACCAUAUCUCGUUGUGUAAUGCAUGCCUUAUGUCACUUAUCGAUGGCUGAAAGGUUUUUUAGAGCUGACGACGUAAUGAUGCUCAAUUAGGAUACAAUGAUGUGCUUUCUCAUUAAUUUAUUACUGUGUUAUCCCUUCUCGGACUCUGCAGGUACAACUGCACCGACCGUCAGUGUGAUUAUAACGUUGUCUGACAAGGGGCAUAGUUCAAUAUCUGACAAGUGUGAUUAAAAUCUAUAUCUAGCACGCCAGUCACAAAUCUGUUGAUAGUGCCAUGAAACGUUCUGUAUUCAGGCCUGUUUAGCUCUUUCAAUUUUGCCCAAUUAAGCUUCUAUUUGACUAUGGCUUAAAGACUGUGGCUUUAAUGCUAGCUGGUCUUAUGUUCUCGUUUACUAUCAUGUUGUAAACUUGCAUCUCUUGAAACGUCUGCAACAUCUUGUCACGCGGCCUCGAUACGUUACCUUUGUUUUGAGAAUUUUUAUUUUUUGUAUAUAUGUAAUGUAUUUUGACCGUAGUGUGCGAAGCUUCUUGUGUUCUAACAAUUAUUUUAUUUAUUUAUGGUGACCUUGAAAACGGUAUCGAACAUAAUUAAGCCUAAUUUCACUGAAUUUGUCAGUGAAAACAUCAUGAUGCUUCGACUUAAACUUAUGCCUCAGCUGGUACAGCUUUGGCUCGGUUCGUAAAGGAACUUAUUAAGUCAGAAGUCUGUCUGUUCCUUGGUUUGUGUGCGUUCUGAUCUUGUAAUACUCAUGGGUUGUCAAAUGUUUCUGUAUCAAUCUGCGCUAACUGCAAGCUGUGCCUUCAUUAGGAUAAUUUCUCUUUUAUUUCUGUUGUAUUUUCAUGCGAGUUGAAGGUUUGUUGACAACGGCGACGUGUUUUCAAUCUUGGCUGUUUUCGGAAACGCUAUUCAUUAGGCACCGUAUGAUGAGUGCCAGCAUAUAAUUGUGUUCACCAUUGACGAUGUCUAUCUUGACUUAUCUGGAUAUAGUGCACGAUAAUUUGACGAUUUAUUUUCAGUUUGUAAAUAUUUCUUUCAUUAUACCAUUUAUUUUCCUAGUUUGAAGCCAAUUUCAUCAAAAGUAAUUUAGAAAGAGGUUGAUGACUUGGGUUGCAGACGAUACAUCACAAAUAUUAGAUCAAAUAAAUUACUAAAUUUCAUCGUAGUGUGUGUAGUCUUUGAUUCUAUUAAUGUGUGCGAUUUUAACAAGCGUUGGUGUUUGUUGUUGAGUCAGCUUGGUAUAAUAUAAUUAUCACUUGUGUUGAGUGGGGGCAAAAAUAGAUCCACGGGACUACAUUUCUACAUUAACUUCAAAAACUAUUUUCAUUGUUGACUUACUUGCUUGGAGUUUUGUGUUUCGGUUAAAUCAAGUUGUCAUUGAGGCAAUUAGCAGGUGAUAACUAAUAGGGAAUCCAUAUCCAUAAUGUGUUACCUAUGAGGCAAGUUAAUUAAUAUUAUGUACCUCUUAAGAGUUAUGUUACAUGCAAUAAAGUUUUUACAUUAUUGGACGAUGAUUGCACGUUUGCUGCUUUACAUCAAGUUUGACGGUUUCAAUGUAUGUAAACAAAAAAUUAUAUAUUAUAAAAAAUU